CACAGUGUUGCAGGUGAAGAAAUAACAUCCAACAUCAGCUGCCUAGCUGACAGCUUUUUGUUGACAAAAAUCGCAAAAUAAAAAAAAAUCCGAUUAAAUUGGAAUCGGAACAAGUUCGAGCUGCGCCAUGGAAUCGAAUUUAAAUAGUGAGCAAAUAUGUUAUAUAUGUUGCCAAAAACAUAGUGAUUCAAAUUUUACGGAAGUGGAUUUGAAGCAGGAUAUGGAAUCAAUCAUCUGCCAACAUUUUUGGUUCAAGAAUGACGAGCUACAUAAUGCUUUGGUGUGCAUACCCUGUUGGGAGAAAGUGAAUGAAUUCCACAAGUUCUAUCAGGAAGUGAAAGAUAAUCACUCAAAGCUGAAACUCCAGCUAACACCCGUUUGCAUCAAGCAAGAAGAAAUCACCAUUGAGGAGGACCAAGGCCACCAAAGUUAUGAUGAAGUGACAACAAGUGAAGGAAGGUUUGAGAUGUCCUCCAUGGAACUGGAUGUAAACGAAGAACUUUCUAUGGGCACAAAUCCUGAGGAUAUAAAUAACGAGGAACCUACGCAAGAGCAGCGACGAACUUGGAAACAGGCAAAAUACCGUAAAAAGUUGUCAAACGAGGAGCGACAGGCCCAGGAUAAUGUAAUCAUGCAGCAUUUGAGCUACGAUUGUGAAGUAUGUGACUUGGAGUUUAGUGACUUUUGCCUAGCGCUGCGGCAUCGGAUAAACGUUCACGAGCAAACAUAUCUCAUGUGCUGCGAUAGGCAAUACAAAACCCGGUUAAUGCUGUACCAACAUGCGCUGAAUCCAGGAGCAUUUAGGUGUGAGUUCUGUGGUAAAAAUUUCAAACUGCUGCAUGGCUUUCAUCGCCAUAUGAAACAAUUUCACAAAGACGAGAAGGAAUUAUUAUUCAAGUGCCUUCAUUGUCCGGAGAGCUUCGCUCAGGAAGGGAUGUUGCGGCGCCAUAUGGUCGAGCAUGAUCCAACAAAGUGCGAGGUUUGUGGAAAAGAGUUCGCGAAUAAAUAUGGUCUGCGACGACACAUCAAAGAUUUCCAUGUGGAGCAGAAAGAAUUCAUUUGCGAUAUUUGCUCUAAAGGAUUUUCUCGGCAGUCGAUGUAUCUGGAACACCGAGUGACCCAUGAUUUGACAGCAGAAGAGAUGCGCGAGCAAUGUCCAAUUUGCAACAAAUGGCUGAAGAACCAUAUCUGCUGGGAGAAACAUGUGAAACGACAUAAAACUGAGGGGGCGCAAAUUUGUGACAUUUGCGAUCACGUUUCGGUGAACUCGAUGUCUCUGAGGGUUCACAAGGUACGCCAACAUGGACCGAACAACAAGAAGUAUCCAUGCGAUAUCUGUGGCAAGGAGUACUCCAGGGCAGCGACAUUAAAGGAACAUGUGGCAAAUGCUCACACCGGAGAACAUCUGUACCAGUGUCAGUACUGCUUGAAGAAGUUCUUCUCCAGUGCCACAAUGUACGCACACCGGAAAAAAGAUCACCCGAUAGAAUGGCUAAAAGAUCACAUGACAAAGUACGCCAGCAAAGAUGAAGAUGCAAAUGAGAAGGGCGACAGCUCCAACGACGUUUCGUAGCCUUGAUUCGUGUCUGUUUGUAGAAUUAGUCGAAUAGAAACCAGAUAUUUUA